GACAUCUAGAUAAAAUGAUAAAAAAUGAAUUAAAACCUUCAAAAUAUGAUAAAACAGAAAAGAAUUUAAGAUCGAUGAAAAUGAUGUCUCCGAGUCGUCAAAAAUUCAUACAACGUCUUAAACAAAAGAUGCAUAAUCCAUCUGCUAAAUCAUUGAGGCAUCCUUGGAUGAAAAAUAAAAAUACAAUAUCUAAUUCAUUUAUGAAACAAGAUGAUAAUCAUGAAUAUUCGUAUCUUGAAAAUAUACCUGAUUCAUAUAUGAUUAAUGAUAUAAAACCAAAUACAAGAGAUGAUGGGCCAGCUCUGUCAGAAAACGUUGACUUUAAAUAUAUAACUGAACUUAUACAUCGAGAUGAUCUGCAUAAUGAUUCCAAUAAAUUACCACCCAUUGAAUAUAAUCCUUUAGAUAGUAUUGAAACUUAUGAUUCGCCAAUUCAGAAAGAAAAAAGAGCUGAUUAUAUUGUACCUCCUGAUGAACUUGCUAAUAGAAGAUUUGUGAGACCUAAUUACCACAAAUCGGAUGAAUCGUAUUACAUUAAUCUUGGUAGACAAAUAGCCUCUAUGAUACGAGGUAUUGAAACCCAAAAUAAAGAACUAAAUAUCAAAGUAGAAGCAACACACGAUGUUCCAAAAAAUGACAUAUUUCUAACAGUAAGCUCACCAAGAUCGUAUUGGGAAAGAUCCGUUCGAUCUCCUCUAACAUUUUUGAAAUCAAAUAAGAAAAAUUUUGACUAUUUGAAAAGAAGUAACGAAUUACUUUUCGAUAUAGAAAAUAAAGUAGAAAUUAUAGCAUCCACGGUACCGACCUUAACAUUGAGAGAAAUAGAAAAUAUUGUCAGUGUUAUGGAAACCGCUAAAAGAAAGAUGCAAGGCAAGGAGACCAUUGUUAAAGAUGUAAUGCUUCCUGAUAACAAUCUUAAUAUUAAUUUAUGGCCUAAAUCAUUGUCAAAUACAAGAUCAAACUCAUUAUCAUCGAAUUUAAAAACUCACAUAAAAAUACCAAUUCCAAGCCCUGCGACGAACAACAGUCAGAAAUAUAAACCAGAUCACUUACAUGGUUUCAGUAUGGCGAUUACAAAUAGAUUUUCAGCUCAACAAAAUCCUCAGACUGUCGGAAAGACUAACUUCAAUACCCUGAUUAUUGAAACUAAAUCUAAAAUUAAACCGGACGACCAUUUAGAAUAUUAUCAAAGUUCUCGGCAAACAUUGACUAACCCAAAGUAUGUCAAAAAUACAUUUUCAAGUCAAAAUUCAAGACAACCCUUAUGGGAUCAUAAUAUAAAUCCUUUCUUUUUAAAACAUAGAAAGUAUUUUGAAAAUAGUGAUAACUAUCUUUUAAAGCAAAACGAAAAAUUUCCUUACAUGGCGUCCAACAAUGGUGAAAAAUCAUAUUUUCAACACCAAAUAAGCAAUUUUGAUCGCAUUGAAUAAAA